AUGGUAGAGCUAAUGGGUCCGACAUUUUGGAUAUGGACCGAAGAUACGUUCGUUUUCUUAUUCUUCCUUAUUAUAUUUCUGAUCACAUUUCAACAGCUUGCUAGUCUAAUACUAAGAUAUGCAAUCUCAAAAAGUAGCAUUCCAUUAGACGAUUUUUCCUUUGGGCUAUUCCUAGGAAAUGAUAUACGAAACAUAUAUUUGGCCUCCAAGACAUUCCAAAUACGAAUAGGCAAAUUAAGAUUUAGAUUGGGUUGGAAACCGUCAAUUUCAUUACACUAUGUUGAUAUACGUUUUCUGAAUCAUGACAAUGCUAAACAUAAUCAAUUUUCUAGCAAGGAAAAACAUAGUCUUCGUAAUGAUGAGACAUUUUCCUUUUAUAUUGGUGGCAAAAUACUGCGCAUUUUGAAAUUCCUUCUCUCCAUAACAGUAUUUGCACGCCGUGCUACAGUUACUCUGAAAGAUGGUACCCAAUUCAACGUAUAUCUGUCAUCAAUGUCCAUUACACAAUCUCCAAAUGAAUACUUUAAAGUAGAUUUGUUCCUUCACAGGAUUAUCAAUCUUAAAACUGAAGAAAAAAUGAAUUUAUUGAGUUAUCAGAUAAAAUGUAAUAUAAAACAGACUAUUCGAAUAGAAAAUGACAAAGAAACGAAGAUAUCCUUUACAGAAUGGACUUCGACAGCCAAACUCAGUGGUGCACAUUUCCUUAUUCCGGAAUAUAUUGUCAAUACUAUUCUGAACAAGAAUAAAAAUUUGAAAGUAGAUAAAUCUAGUAAUGUACUGACUGAAGAAUAUAUCAAAUCCUUUCUAAGAUCUAUUGAAUAUCCGAUUGCAAUGCUUACCAUAUUAGAUAUAAAAUUUGAAAACUUUACACUAAGUUAUAAAAACUCAAUCCGCAUUGAUAUAUCCAGUAUACAGAUAUAUCUAGAAUCAGUGGACGUUUUGAACACCGGUACUUCGCUCGAUGUUAUAUCAUCAGAAAAACACACAGGAAAGGAUUACGAACUAUCCUUCUCUAUUAAUACAAUAGUCUUAGACGUACACAAUAAAUUUAAUUCAAGGAUCCCGUUGAUUAACAUAAUUUUAACAACUAAUUUAAUUUUGGCAGCGUCAGAGAGUAUACCAAUCAAUCAAACUACAAUAUCAUGUACGACAAAUAUCAUUAAUCCAACUUUCUUUACUACUUCGGAACACUUGACUGACAUAAUAAAACAAUACAUUGAUUAUUUAAACCACCAGAAAAAACCUCAACAGCCUUUACGGGUUGACAAAGUGACUAACAAUCCCUUGUCGCUCUUAGAUUUGAACUCCUUACCUAACUUCUUAUUUCAGCUGACCUUAUCUAAUUUUACAUCAACAUUGAAACUCUCCAAUGACGACAAUAUCGUAUUUAAGAUAUUUAACAUACAAUCUCUUUUGUCUCGCAAUAAUGGAAUUCUUCCUCGCACAUCAAAAGAUUUAGCGCCUGUUAGGAAGGACCUUACUUUAUACAAAACCUCAUCAAGAGAACAGAACUCUUCAAAUUAUAUUAAAAUUGUUGGCACAAAUAUGUCAUAUUUGAAAAUGUCAUCAAUUCCAAAUGAAACCUCAAUCUCAAUUCCAAUUUUCGAACAAGAACGAUCUGAUAUGUUCUUUGAUGAAUGGUCAGUUUCUUCUAUAGAUAUUCAAGGAACUUUAAGACACUCGCAUAUUACGCUAGAAGAUAUCACCGUUCUAAAUCAAGUAUCCAUUGUAUUUUCAGAACUUCAUUACCUUCUAGAAGAACUUCGAAAAGCAAAAUCUGAAAUGGAAGACGUCCAUCGCCCUCCUACUUCUGAAAUAACUAUAAAACCUAAAUUAAAUUGGUCGCUAAAAUUGAGAUUUAAAGACACAUCGUUCUCAUUACUAGUUUCCAACGUUCUCCCCAAAAUACUAGAUCCAGCUGACACUGACGCCUUUAAUCUAACAAGUAUCACUCGUGGUACCAAAAUUGUACUCCAUGAGUCAAAUUUAUUGUUAACUCCUUUUGAAAAACAUUUCGGAAUGUCAGAUGCUUCUUUAUUUCGUAUAAUGGAUAAUCUCUCGAAUGAAAGUGUUUCUGACACCAUAUUAAAACUAUCAAACUUUUCUAUGUCGACUGAUCUGAAUAAGAAAACAAUCAUUAAUUUACCUGUGAUUGAAGUUAAAUUUGAUACUAACAUUAUAUGGUUGAGUUUUUACAUCAGCAGCAUUGCGAGUCAUUAUCUUCCACAAAGCAAAGAAGUAAAGAAUAAAAAGAAAAACGUUACAGAACUCAUGAAUAAUAUUGAUAUUGAGAUAGGUAAACUUUUCGUUCAGCUGAAUCUACCAGAGGACGUUCCAUUAUUGCUAUUAAUCGAAGACAUAACCUAUCUCUCCAAUAGGAACAUAUUAUUUAUUCGAUUAAUUUCAUCUUUUGUGAAGUCAGUAUAUAUUAAAAAUAGUAAAGUCCGUGUUGCUUUAAUGACAGUGAGUGAUUUUGAAGUUGAUAUUAAAUCUUUACUUGGAAAGGAAGAGUUAAAUAUCUCAACGUCUCUGAUACAAUUCCAUACGGAAUACCAUUUCAGGUUUUACCUUAUCGUUGAUAACUUUAUUACAAUGUUCAAGUCAUUUAAACAACUUAAACUAGCAUUUUCAUCCUUGAGUGAGUUUCAAAGAUUAUAUCCGUUACCAGAAACUCCUAUCAAAUUGCCAACAAUUGAACUUACGGCUGAAGCAGUACUGAUCGAUAUAGAGGAAGAUCCAUUCGAACAAGAGCUGGGAUUGAUUUUGAAAGUUGGAUUAUUGGAACAGCGAGAGCGUCUACAAAAAUUGAAGGAACUAGAAACAAGAUUAGCGAAGUUAGACAACUUAGGGAAAGACUCUAGUGCCGGUCAUUUCAUAAACCGUAGAAACCUAAACAAUGUACCGCAUUAUAGGAAGAAAUUUGAAAAUAAUUAUCUACAAAAACUGCUGGAGCAUUUUUCAACUUCUUGGAUUGCAAGAUAUAGAAAGGCCAAAUUAACUUUUCAAGGUUCAAAAUGUUAUAUCAGAAAGAACGUGAAACUAAUGGAAGAAUACUAUCUUUUUUCUUCACCGUCGUCAAGUACAACAGCAAAUCUCGUGGUCGAAAAUCUUGAUCUUCGAUUACAAAAGCCAUCAUUUCCAAUCGAUGAUUAUAUGAAUUUCUUAUACAAGUAUGGGAAAGGACUACCGUCUGACAUGUUGUUUACUUUACUUAUUGUGCUGGGUAUAAAUGUAAAAACUGGUUUAUGGGAACUAAGACUGAGAGAUUAUCCAAUACCUGUCAUUUCUUUACCGGACACAUAUACUACAGGUGAUGUUGUCUUAGCAGAAAAGAUGCCAGAAGUGUUCGCAUUAAACACCGUAUAUGUACCAUUUGUCCCAUCCGCUACAAAAGAAUCGUAUGCGAAAACUAAUUCGAUAUAUGGCUCCCAUAUCAUCAGGACAAUAAACUCUGUUAAAACAUAUUUUAAUUUGAAAUCAAAUGUUAUUUCAUCUACACCAGCAUCAGUAACGUGGGGGAAAUCAUUGCAACCAGGUUAUGAAUCACUUAUGAUGUGGUUCGACUUCCUUACCAAACCUAAACUAGAUCCGUCGCAAAAACUUGGUUUUUGGGAUAAAUUCAGAUUUCUUGUUCACGGUACAUGGAUAUAUGAACUCUCAAAACAAAGUGAGUUUCAUCUUAAUAUUAAGGGAUCUAAUGACCCAUACAAAAUUACAGAUGAUGGAGCUGGCCUCUCUUUUUGUUGGUCAGGUGGAACUGUGAUGAGAUUACAUGAUACCGAUGACCCAAAGGAAUUCUUAAAGAUUGAGUCCAAGAAUUUUCGGCUUGGUGUUCGUGAUUUUACAGAAGCUAAUAAGUUCGAAAAAAUAUAUAUGAGGUUAAGUAGCCAAGUUGUUUGGAAGAUGGGCUUCUUGUUUGAGCAAGGGGACAUAACUGAACCAGGGAUUGCAAAGAGGACAGUGCCAAAGAGGCCACACUAUGAUAUACAAUUGAUACAUCCUAGUCAUGUAACGGAAAUUCAUGAUUAUGACUCGUACCGUGGAUUUAGAAGUGCAUUUAUCCAUCUUUCGUUUGGCGUCUUUUCUUCAGGAAAAUCAGCACAAAAUUGUCUUUAUUUGGCACCUAAUUCUCUUAGCCACUUUAUGUCCUGGUGGAAUUUGUUUCACAUAUUUACAUCGGGACCAAUACGACAAGGUCCUUUGUUUCCCGAUCUAAUUCAAAAUAAGACAAAAUUUGGUAGAGCAUUAUUUACAAUAAAAUACCAAUUGCAUUUGGCACCAAUGACCAUAACACAUACAUACCGACACAUUACAGCACAAUAUGACAUAAAUGAAAGUAACGAAACUGGCUAUAUUGGUUUGAAAGGUAGAUUUGGCUCUUUAAAAAUUGACUUACACCAGCGUAGGAUUAAGCUAACUCACCAGAACGAAAGAUUAAACCGUUCCAAGCCUGUUUGGAAGCUAAAAAUGAGUACUGGUGAAAUAGAUUGUGCAGAAGCUGAUAUCCGAAUUAUUGCGACAACUUUCGAUAAAAACGCCGUGAAGGAGAUAUUUAAUAUAGGUAAUUAUCCAACUAUUCUUCAAAGUUUGGAGGAUUCUACCCCAAUUCGCGACACGCUUAAUCUACUGCAAGAAUCGGACUGGUAUGACCAAGAUGACUAUGUCGACCUGAAUCAAAUUUCAUCCAAUUCAUCGUUACCUCUAAAAUUGGAGGCUAUUCCAUUGUUAUACUCACCUCGUAUAUCAUACUUUAGAAAAAUCAAUGAUAAUGGCUAUACUGUAGCAUAUCCAUUUGGAGGUGAGAAUUCGCAUCGAUGUUUGAUUGGACAGAAUCAUCCUGAAAGAACCCAAGAAAAAUUAGCUCAACAAAGAUUAAAUGAAAUUGAAACUGAAAUCGAGAAAGUUCAAGAAAACUUAGCUAAGAUGGCAGAUAACUCAUCUCUCCCUAGUAAAAAUAAGGAAGCUCUUAAACGCAAAAAGAAUCUAAACUUAGAAUUGAAAGAGUUGCAUCAUCGCUUUCAUAUAGUUCAUAAUAUUUUAAAGGACCUGAAGCUUUCGGAGGAAACGCCAGACAGUAUCUCUGCUUCUGAUUCCAGUAGAAGCUCUAUAAAUGAUCUUCAAUAUAUUCCUUCAGAAGUCAGCGGUACGUCAGUAAAUUCAUGCCUUCUCAGAACAAAUACAGUGGAAUCAUUUGUGUCAAUGAGACGAGCUUCUACGGUCCAACUGGAAUCAACAUUCGACAAUAGAUUCAUAAUACAUAAUAUUCAAUUAAAAAUUGAUAAGAAGAUUAGGGAUCAUUUGUUAGAAUACACUACAACUAUGCAAGAAAGACGGUCUAUGGAAUAUGCUAUGACUUAUAAAUCAAUGGGCAUUCUUAAAAAAGUUCUUUCAAAUGUUUUAAACCAUGUAAAAACUUCUGUGGAAGAUCCAGAUUCAAUGGGGGAUGACAAUGAUAUUUCAAACAUAGAAUUCAUCGAACAAUUUGAAGAGAUAAUUAGGGAAAUUCCUAACGAGAGUUUUGACUCAGUCGAUAAUUACUUAAUAAGAUUAAUAUCCCCUCAAGUUCAAAUAAGUUCACCGUGUGAACCCCGAGCAACUAUUAUAUUAGCAGCUAGGGAUGUUGAAGUUGGGAUCAUUGAUAUAAUUCAGGUAAUUGGUAACUCAGGAAAAAGGAUUGCGCUUGAUGUGGAUACAGUAGCUGAGACUAGAUAUUGUGCUGUUUCAAAAGAUAUUCAAUUGUUUACAUUGUUUCAAGACGAUAUUUUAUUGUCUCCAAUAAACUCAUUACAUUGGAACAAUAAUUACGGAGCUGACAAGAAUUCUGGGAAAUGGCCUCCAUGGAUCCCCUUCGAAAUGUGCUUUGAUGGUUCACUUUUAGAAAGGCAUGUAUUCUUACGCCGAAGAUCGAUGUUCUGUACGCUUACUGUACCAAAUCCACUCUACAUCAGUGACAAAGGUAUUACCGACAUAUCUACUGAUUCUAAAUUCCGUAUGGGUUUCCCUGGCCUGAUCUUAACUUCCACUUCACAGCAGUAUUGUGCGGUUUUUGCAAUUUGUCAAGAUUUGCUCUCUUUCGGUUCAAGUUUUGACGAGAAAGUCGAAAAACUAAGUAAAAUAUUAUUCGCUGAAGAGGUUCGUAAUAACCUAGAUAAAUUCGAUGCCUCUAUCGUGACUAAUUUACAAAACAACGUCCGAGAUUUAUAUUACACAAGAUCGUUUUUGAAAAUAAAUGAUGAUCGUCUUUUCCACCGGAACUCUCAAAGGUUGAACUUCGAAAUACAAACGAACGUAUUGAAAUUAGCGCUUUUGAUGACAGCAAUCAAAAAAAUUAUGAUAUGGUUGAUAAGCUGGAAAAGAGUUCCCCAAAAAAAAUUAAGGUGGCUAGUGGGUACAGAUGAUUUGGUUUGGGAAUUGUAUAAUGAAAAGACGCAGCCGUUCAUAACAAUAAGUCUUGGGAGUUCUACUUUUAGCAGAUCACAAAAUUCUGCCGGAUUUAACAGUAAUAGUAUUACUAUAAGCUCUUUGAGAUGUUUUAAUCAACAAAGGGACCCUGCAUACGUCGAGUUAAUCGUUCCGUUUGAAAGCCAUAUAGAAUAUGAUAAAGAUAUUCCAUUAGUACAGAUAUUUUGGGCCCAAGGGCCGCCCAUUGGUGGUAUAUCUAACUUGGAGAAGAUGGUUGUUUCUCUACAGCCUAUUGUGUUCAAAAUGGAUCAUGUUACUUCUGAAAAGCUUAUGAAUUACUUGUUCCCUAAAAUUGAUUCUAAUGUAGAAAUCCCUGAAAGUUAUAUCUUAGGAAAUGAAGAUUCUGUUAGUCCAAUAAUAUCAAGAAACGGUUCGUAUACAAAACUUUCUCCAGCGCUAGCGUCUGCUAAGCAGAUGAGAGAUGUAGACUCUUGGGAUUUGAGCAGUAUUCAUAACCUAUCGAAUAGUCCAACACCCAAUAGCCCCACGCUAGUUAGGAAAGAACCAACUAGGAUUCCAAGUUCAAUAUUUAGUAAGGAAAGCAUCGAUGAGAUGGUCAAAAGGUCUAGUGUAUAUUUCAAUGUUGGAGAAAUAACGAUUAAGAGAACGACGAUGUCCGUUUGUUAUAAGGGUGCACAUAAAUUGUUGACCGAUGUAAAUGAUUUGAUCGUCAAUGUCCCCGUGCUAGAAUAUUAUAAUAAAUUAUGGUCUCGAGACGAAUUCUUUGCUGCAUUGAAGAAAGAUGUCAUUAAAAUCGUUUUGCAACAUCUUGGAAGAAUUAUAGGUAAUAAAUUUAUACCACAUAAGAAGGAAAAUAAGCUAAAGAUAUCAAUGGAUAUAUCUAGAAUAUUGAAAUCGGAUGCCGAAUCAGAAGAGAAACAUUUGCGAGAUAAAAGAUAUCCAAGCUCAUUUGAGUCAAGGCCAUCUAUUAGUUCUUCCAGAAAAUCCAAUAGCCACCAAUUAGAUUCAGUUGAAGAAGACAAGGAUGAGGACGAUAUAAAACCAUUUUAUCCAUCGGAUACUUAA